AUGAUUCGUCCUGAUCUGACGGCAUCCACUUCGGCUGUGCAGCAAUUUGCAUUUGAUUCUAAUAAAGAUUUAGUGGGUCAAAUUCAAGAACGAAACUUGCAGUCCAGGUUUCAACAUUCUAAUCCAAAAAAUGUGUACAUAAAAAUUGUAGAGCAACCUGUGCGCUUGUUGAAAUACCGGUACAAAAGUGAUUUUAGCAAGAGAUCGCCAGGGAGCAUUUAUGGAGAAAACAGCUGCGCUCAGAGGACUACCUACCCAACUAUACAGGUUAUAAAUUGUGACAUACCCUUUGUUGUCAUUGUAUCAUGUGUGACCAAGGACGUUUACAGAGUAGAAAACAGGAAAGGAUAUUUAGCACAUCCUCACAAUCUCAUUGGCAUAAAUUGCAAGAACGGUUUCUGCAGUCUGCAAUCAGAAAGUGACAUUGUUAGCUUCAGCAACAUCGUCAUCGAGCGGGUGAAAGAAGACGAAAUUGCUGCUUCACUGGAAACACGAAGAAAGUUUCGAAUCGAUCCUUAUGGAAUGGGAUUUAAUCACAGAGAAAACAUAGAUCUGAGAGUGGUCAGAUUAUGUUUUCAGAUAUACAUCAAAGGUCAAACGGAUAUAUAUGCAAGAACUGUUUCGGAACCUAUUUAUAACAAAGAUGUGGUGUCUGAUCUUAAAAUUGCAUACCUUAGCAGUGACAAUGCUCCGGUAGAGGGGUCAGAAGACUUUAUCAUCCUUUGCCCCCGUGUUAAUGAAGGAGCUGAAGUGUGGUUUUUUGAAGAGUGUCAAUCACAAAUAACUUGGGCAAAACAAGCAACAGUGAAAUGCAUUUAUAAAAAAGUCGCAGUUAUGUGCAACGUUCCACCUUACUUUAGACCUGAUGCAACAAAGACGGUGGAUGUUUUUGUGCACUUGAGAAAUCCAGUAGAAGACAUUGUCGGCGAAAAAAGGCCGUUCAGAUACAUUGCACGAAGAGGGGCCAGGUCUUCUAGCUUCAGUUCUACUUUUGAAUUUGAUCCUUUCUAUCAAAGGGAUUUCGAAGGCCAUGCAUUCUUUGUUCCAAGAACAAUGGAAAAGUUUUCUCUUCAAGAGCAAAAUGAUCCCAGUGCUUCUUCAGGAUCACUACGCGAGAAGUCACCAGAAGAUGCUUCCUCUGUUCCAAAAGCAUUCUUAAACACUACAGGAGGAAAUUUACAUGAUUGGUGGCAUAGGUACAAUUUCUUACAAGAACAACUAAAAGCUAUUAAACAAGAACUAAAUCUGAUGGAGAGCUCAUAUAAAAGUUCUUCUGAAGAGAAAAAUUUAGAGUUUACCAAUGAAGACCAGCAGCAGUUUACAACGAAAAAUCAAAACACUGAUGAACUCGCUGAAGAUGUUUUGAACUUUUUCGAAAAUUUAAGUACGGACGAUAUCAUUGUUGAUGAAAGUCACUCAACAGAAAAUCUGGAACGAAACGUACCUCCUUUUUUAAAUAACUUAUCAAAUAUCAUUGUUGAUGAAAGACAAUCAACAAAAAAUGUGGAACGAAACGUACCAUUUCCUUUAAAUAAUUUCUCAAAUAUCAUUGUUGAUGAAAGACAAUCAACGGAAAAUCUGAAACGAGACGUACCAUUUUCUUUAAAUAAUUUAUCAGGUAUCACUGUUGAUGAAAGAGAAUCAUCAGAAAACCUGGAACCAAACGUUCCAAAUUCUUCCAAUGAUCUUUACCGGAAUCAAAUUGGUCAUUCUAAUGAGUUUUCUUCUAAUUUUCAAAGCACUGAACAUAGAUCGUGUGAACCUACUAUCGUCCCAUCUAUGGAUGCCAUAAAAGAAAGAAAUUUGAGUGUUCCAUUAACCAUGAGUAUACCGUUCUUUCUUGUAAAUAGAGAAGAGUCGAUGGAACUUGAAGGUAUACCCCAAAAUAUAUCUGAAAGUAUGUAUCCGUCAUCAUGAUUCGUGCCUUCACGUUCAAAUCCUUAACAGAAGCUUAAUUAUUAAUGCUUUUCCUGUCAAAUGAUGUAAAUGUUUUUUAGAUAAUUAAAGUGUAAAUAUUUUGCUUUUAAA